GGUCAGUCGCCGCUCCUGUCGCCGCUGCUCCUAUCGCCGCCGUUUCUGUAGUCGCCUUCUCGCCAUGGCCAACAAGCAGAUCUACUAUUCUGACAAGUACUUUGACGAGCAGUACGAGUACCGACAUGUGAUGCUACCAAAAGAACUUUCAAAGCAAGUGCCAAAAUCCCAUCUAAUGUCUGAAGAGGAGUGGAGACGACUUGGUGUUCAGCAGAGUCUUGGCUGGGUUCACUAUAUGAUCCAUGAGCCAGAACCACAUAUUCUUCUCUUCCGAAGACCUCUUCCAAAGGAUGUGCAGAAAUGAACCCUUGUCUCUACAUCUUCUAAGUCUUCUGGAACUAUCUAUAUGAGUGUAUAUAUGUUAGUAGUAUUCAGUGAAUACUUUGAAAAUGUACAAAACAGACAUCCAUACCUGUGCAUGAGCUGUAUUAUUCACAGCAAUAAAGCUCAGUCAAAGGCAAUUCUAAGUAGGCUAGUAUGGUGUUCAAGGAAUGAAAUUAUCAUCUUUACUAUUGAUGUAAGUGCUUAUUUGACUUUUCGGUUAAUGUUAUUGAAGCUUACUUAUGUUCUGACUAGUUGAUUACUUCUUACCUAUCUUUGGUAACUUUUGCACUCUGCUUUUCUGAAGUUAGCUUGUUUAGAUGCAAUGCCUCCUCUCUUUAGUAGUAGCAGCUAAAAUGAAAACUUAUUUUUAAUGAUCUCUAAAACCUACGUGACUAGCACUCUAAUUCACUAAAUAAAACUGGUUUUGUCUAACAUGCUUCAGAAACAAA